CUUAUUAUAAGAGACCAAAACAAAAACAAAGAGAGAUAAAGAUAAACCAAUACCUCAGACGCCUGUUUCGCUGAACCAAAGGAAACUCCACUGCACUUUCCUUCCCCUCUCUUUUUUCUCUAAGCAGCUUUGAGGUCUGUAGGAACCAGAAAAAAUGGAAGUUGCGGCGGCAGAAGCGCUGAAACCGAGCUUGCGGACAGAGUUCAUCUUCCCGCAAGCAAUCUGCGACGAGAUUUUUUGUUUCAACGCCAACAACAUUGUUGUCGGCGAAGAUUUCUCCGUCGACGACCUUCUUGACUUUUCCAACGGCGAAUUCCAGCUUGGAAAGGAUUUCGAUGUGUACGAGGAAGAGGAAGACGAGGAAAAAGACAGCACCUCUGGUUCCUCGCAGGAACGGUCCGAAGACGACAGCAAUUCCAAUUCCACCGGCGCUGGCGGCGUCGGCGACUCGGACUCCGUCUUCGCAGGGGAAUUAUCAGUUCCUGCGGAUGAUGUGGCGGACCUGGAAUGGGUUUCUCAUUUUGUAGACGAUUCUCUCCCUGAGCUUUCUCUUUUGUACCCUGUCCCUUCGGAACAAACAAGGGUAUGGGCCGAACCAAAACCUAGACCGGGACGGGCCCAAAACGGUUCGACGAUUCCCAGAAGGCCGAGAACCGGAAAGAAUAGGAAGCCCAACGCUCGCGUGUGGUCUUUUACGGUGUCGCCGCCGUCUCUGUGUUUUUCGGUGUUGGCUGGCUCCGUUGAGUUUGGCGAGCCGACGGCUAAAAAGCAGAAGAAAAAGGCCGAGGCCCAAAUUGGGGCCCAGUUUCAGCGACGGUGCAGCCACUGCCAGGUGCAGAAAACGCCGCAGUGGAGGACCGGUCCACUGGGGCCCAAAACACUCUGUAACGCUUGCGGGGUUCGGUUCAAGUCCGGUCGGCUUUUUCCAGAGUAUAGACCGGCCUGUAGCCCAACUUUCUCUGGUGAUAUUCACUCAAAUAGCCAUCGUAAGGUGUUGGAGAUGAGGCGUAGAAAGGAGAUCAGCGAACCGCAAACCGGUUCAGACCGGCCUCAACUGGUCCCAAGCUUUUGAAUUUUGCACACCAAACUUGGAUACAAUUUAUUAGGUGUUUUAAAUGUUUUUCUUAUCAGAAUUGAAACUUCCAAGGCAGAAAUUUAAUUCUGAAUGAGCAACAACAUUUUUAUUAGGACCGUGUCUAAGUUUUGUUUCAAUUAGCAUUUCCUAGGCUAUAGAGUAGAUUAGGUCAACGAACCGGUCUGAACCGGUUUGGUAUUUGUUCCAUAGUGAUUAAUUAGUGAUUUAAAUUAGUACUAGUGAAAUAGGGAGGUAGCAGACAUUAGGAAGGCCUUGAUUAUUGUAUUAAUUUUUCUAGCCAAGUUUUAAUUAAUUAAUUCAUUAACGAGAUA